AUGGGUGUCGUGGAAGCUCUUCUGGAGCAAAUCUCCGUCAAGACCACAUUCAUCGUCCUCUUCAUCGCCUACGGAGUCUAUUCUAUAAUCUGCCGCAUUGACGAACACCGAAGAAUCAGACGCCUCGGUCGCUAUGGACCUCAACUGAAAACAUAUGCUCCUUGGAGCCUUGAUCUCGUCGUGAGAUUCGUCAGAUCUACCGUCAAGCACAACAACCUGGCAUCCUGGAGAGAUGGUAUCUUUGGGCCCUUGAACUCAUGGACGGCUGAGGCUCGUCUUCUUGGUGUUCGAACAAUUUUCACCGCCGACCCAGCGAACCUCAAAGCCAUAUUGGCAACCCAGUUCGUCGACUACGGCAAAGGACAGCCAUUCCACGCAGAAUGGAAGGACUUUCUCGGUGAUAGUAUCUUCACUACUGAUGGCCCUUCCUGGCAUGCCAGUCGGCAGCUCAUCAGGCCUCAAUUUACAAGGGAUCGUGUGAGUGACUUGCACUGCUUCGAGGCCCAUAUGCAGACCCUUUUCAAGGCCAUUGCGAACCGAGGACCACUUCAAGGCGAGGGCCAACUGGUCGACAUGAACAAUACAGAUGGAAAGGUCUUGGACAUCAGUGAUUUAUUCUUCCGCUAUACUCUCGACGUGGCUACUGAGUUUCUUCUCGGGUGGGAUGUCAAGUCUCUCACUACGCCAAAGCAAGAAUUUGCAGAAGCCUUCAACGAAGUCCAGCACAUUCAAAACAUCAUCGCUCGUGUCGGAAAACUUCGCCAUAUUAUCCCCAAGUAUCGUUUCUGGCGCGGUCUCAACACGGUCAACCACUUCAUCAACUUCUACAUUGAACGUGCACUCCGUCUAAGCCCCGAAGAGUUGGCUUCCAAGACGAAGGACGAUCACAGCUAUACGUUUCUGCAUGCACUCGCUGGCUUUACACGGGACCGAACAGUGCUCCGUGAUCAGAUAAUCGCUGUUCUGCUUGCGGGGCGAGACACCACUGCUGCGACGCUAUCAUGGACUCUCUAUGAACUUGGUAGAUAUCCUAAUGCUGUGAGAAAGUUGCGCGCUGAGAUCAUUUCCACACUUGGAACUGAGCGCACGCCAACAUACGAGGAUCUCAAGAGUAUGAGUUAUCUCAAGGCUGUUCUCAACGAAACUCUUCGUCUAUACCCGGCUGUUCCUUUCAACGUUCGUCUUGCUCUCAAGGACACGACCCUUCCUCGAGGCGGCGGUCCAGAUGGUUCUGAGCCGCUCCCCGUUCUGAAGGACUCGCCAGUUGCAUAUUCCACCCUCGUCAUGCAGAGACGUUCGGAUCUGUAUCCUCCUAUCAGCGAUACAUUUGCUGAUCCUCAGAUCUUCAGCCCCGAGAGAUGGGCCCACUGGCAUCCCAAGCCCCAUGAUUACAUCCCUUUCAACGCUGGUCCUAGAAUCUGCAUCGGUCAGCAGUUUGCUUUGACGGAGAUGAGCUAUGUUCUGGUCCGCCUGUUCCAGAAAUUUGAUCGUGUGGAGAGUCAGAUGAAGGACAUUGAUGGAGGCGAGCCGCUCCUCAAAGCAGACAUUGUCUUGUCACCAGGUCAGGGGGUCAAGGUUGCAUUCUGGGAAGCCCAGGAUUAG